UCACAGUCAGUUUUACUGUCAGGUUUUCAGUGCUGCAGAGCUUUGCAUUUCACACACUGCCAGGGAAUAUUAUUUAAAAUCAACUGUGAAAUUGUUUCUGUUGGUCUAAGUUUUAUAAGACAUUUUGUUUUUAACAAAACCUCACCUUUUGGGCCAAAUUUUUGGUGAUUUAAAAGUUUGUAUUGGAUGUAAGGUAGGAGAUAUAACUAUACAACCAAGCCAAAGAAGAGGGAAUGUAGAUCCCUAGAGAAAGAGAGGCAGGGGAAAGAUGAGAUGGGAAGAGGGGUAGAAAUGAUGAUCGAUUGGAUGAGUGGUUACUGGGUGUCAGUGAACUGCUGAUCCAACAAAGCACUUUAGCUUGUGAUUAGAGUUAAAGCACAUGCUGAAGUGCUGUGAUGACUCACAACCUGAAUGAAGCUCAAGAAGAAUGGAAAUGUUACACAGAGGAUUAUAGGGACAUCCUCAGAAAAAAACAGGCUUCUCUCUGAAGACUGUUUACCUACUAUAGCUGCAGGUAGCACUUAAGAUCAUUAUAACUGGAAGAGAGAAUUUUAAUUCUAUACCAGUUCCUAUAGUGAAGCCGACUGCAUGUACAGUGCUGCCUGGACGCAACUUCCCCUGAUGUUUGUGUGGGGUUUCACAUAGCAACGGGGGGAGAAAAAACAUUUAAAAUAGGAAAAUGUGACGAUAAAACCACAAAAACUGAACUCCAGGUCAGGGGUAGGACGGGAGAUUAAAAAAUGUGUUAACAGUAAACUAACCAGCUUUCAGGUAGACAGUGUUUUGUUGAUGGGCUGUGUCCCUUGAUUUAGGGAAGUGGCAUUUCUGGUGAGAUGCUGCAGUUCUUAGAUUGGUCAGUGACUUUGGGGGCAAAGAACUAGUUUCUUUUUGUUGAAGGGGCAUGUAGGAAAUGCUAAAGGAGAAAACUCUUGCAUGGCAUUUGGAUUUGGUGAGUUGACCUUUAGGUCAAGUGCCAUGUAAAACUCCCAAAGUGACAGCAAAUGACAUUUGGGCUAGUCUGAAGACGAGCAUUCCCUGGAGCACUGGGUAUUGUGACACAAUCCCCAAGAGUCCGUUGUCCCUGAGAUAUCAGCAAUAACAACUGCUGUCUCCUGACAGCUGCUCUUGUUUUUCUCCCUAGCAAACAAUUUGGAUGCUACAGCUGAUGGAUUAAUUAGUUAAUAUUUGCAAAGCGCCUAGAAAGUGAAACAUGCUCAGGGGCCGUAGUGUUCUCAGGAAGCAACAUCUGAAUGAACAGCAGCGAGAGAGCGCCACAGCGGAAGUGAUGUAGGAAAGCAAGCCGAGACUGCAGGCCCCUAUGUCAGUGUGAUUAUUUAUACGGCUCCUACAAUGUGCUUGGCAUUCUACAGAGUUAAUUUCGUUUUUGUUUCCCCUGACGUUCAUCCUUCUGGCAAAAUUCCUCAUGAAAGUUGACCGCAGAGACACGCAGGAGGCCUUUUUGGCUGCCAGCCUUGCUCUUGCCCUGAACGGGGUCUUCACAAAUGCUGUGAAGCUAGUUGUGGGGAGGCCACGGCCGGAUUUCUUCUACCGCUGCUUUCCAGAUGGACGGGCAAACUCCAAGCUGGUGUGCACCGGUGAUGUGGACGUGGUGACUGAGGGACGCAAGAGCUUCCCGAGUGGGCAUUCCUCUUUUGCCUUUGCUGGUCUUGCCUUCUCUGCCUUGUACCUGGCAGGAAAACUGCACUGCUUCGCCCCUGGCGGGCGUGGAAAAUCCUGGCGGCUCUGUGCUUUCUUAUCACCACUGCUCGGCGCACUCCUCAUCGCUCUGUCCCGCACCUGUGAUUACAAGCACCAUUGGCAAGAUGUGUUGGUUGGCUCAGCGAUUGGUUUCACGUUUGCAUACCUAUGCUACAGGCAGCAUUACCCUUCCCUGACUGACUCAGAGUGCCAUAAACCAUUGCAAUGUAAAUCCAAGCUAUCUCCAGCACAGGAGCAAAAGCUGCCCAGCUCCAGCUUUUGCCUGGAAAUAUAAUGAUGGGAUCCACUUUGCUGGGAUCUGCCCCUAGGUAAUCAUUCCUUCCACUCUGCAGCCCACAGGGUGGGGAAGGGAUACAGGCUUUGGGAGCAUCACUCACUGCCUACCUGGUGAAGUACCUGAGUAACCCAAAGGAGGAUGCAGCUGAUAGCUGAAUAAGAAUUGCUCCCCUGCAAAUGCGGUAAGUGGUCCUGCUCAGCAGGCCUGUGUUUGUACUGUUCUUGUUUGAGAGACGCUCCCCUCUUUCAGGCCAGCCCUGGAGGAAGCUGUGUAAGUGACUGUACUCCAGCCUGCAGGAGGGAGGGGAGCAGACUGGCUAUCUGUGAGAGGAGGCUUGGUGGAAAUCCUGAAGUUGCACAGGGCCAGGUAGUAAUGAAUGGGGAAGUCAGCCCUCUCCUCUGGAGGAGGUCAUUUUAUGAAAGGACAACAACAUGCAAAUCAGAAGAGGCGGUCAGUGCUGUGUUGUUGAUACACAGCAUUUACUGUGUGCAUUUAGAAAUAGCACCUGCUUGGCCCCCCCUGCAGCCUGGGCACAUGAGGUGUGGUUCUGUUAAAGAAGCUGUGUCCUACAAUGGCUCCAACCAAGCAGAUGCUGGGCUGAUUUCCUGGCGUGGCACCCUGGCUGGGUUUGGAAUUUCUUCAUGCCAUAUUGUUGGACACUGCACAGAGCUCUCCAGCCCAUUUGCUUCCAGAAUCCUACCCCAAGUCACAGAGGAUAGCCGGACUGUGUCCUCAUCAUGUCCUGUGUUCCUACAUCCACCCCAGCAAAGGCCAAGAUCAGCACUGUAGUGCCAGGGAGCCAUCUAAUAGGCAUGACUGCCUAAUACCAUAAGGGGCAGUCACUCAUGGUCCCACUGCUAAGAAUUAUGACUAACCUUGGGGGGUGGGGGGAAAGAGAUGCUGUGGGGUUUUAUAUCUGAUUCCAACCUAGAAGCAGCAGGGCGGUGAGAUGGUGACUGUACAACACUGUCCAUGGGCUCACUGCGUUGUAGGGAGGAUAUGUUGCUCCAUCUACAACCCUUAAAGGUGAAAGGAUGCAGCAUCUGCCCUUGUAGGAUGUUUCCCUGUGGACCAACUGUACAAUUUGCAUUCUUGUGUUAAUUUCAAACCUACUGUACAC